CCCUGCCUCUUCUGUUCCCUCUCAUUCUGUUCUCUCGGCUGUUCAAACCUCCGGGAGGGAAAAGAGGCAGCUCCACUCAGUCCUCACUGGCCACCAGCUGCUGCGCACAAAGUCCUGGAUAAUAUCUAGGGAGCCACUUGAAUGCCGUUUGUUUUAGUAUAUAACCAGCGAGAGAGAAACCCGCAGCAGAGUGCCAGUGUUGACCAAGAGAUGUCCUGCGUGCAGAAUAUGAGCACCUCAUGCCCCCACAGAGUCCUGUAACCAAUGGCAACCUCAGUCCAGACUCUUCCUCUGACCCGUGGCUCCAACAAGAACUUCCGUAACCUUUUCCCAGCACGGGCCCUCUCGUCCCGCUGCGGCAUGGGAAGUGUAGGCAGUCUGGUGGAGAAGCCAGAUGUGUCUCCCCCUAAAGGCAACCAUGCAGUGCCGCAGGUGAGACCCAAACAGAACAACGGCCUUCUAAAGAGAGGCUUCACCCAGAGAGAGCUACUCAGCUACCUCAUUAUCAACAGAAAAGAGCCUAAAGCAAACCCAGGCAGCGACAGCGAGAAGGACAUCUCUGGCCUCAGUCCUGGCUGUGAGGAGGACAACGUAUACGCCAAAGUCUACCACAAAGACGGCACCGAAGUAGAUUUGACAAAGAGCUCACUGCCAAGUGGGGGCAAGUAUGAAAAGGCUCGUUUUAGGUCUUCGGCCUUUAAGCCUGUCAAUCCCAAGAACUUCUGCUCCAUGCAAAACCUCUAUCCAUCUUCCAAGUCAGAGGAUGUGGACCAUGGCCUCUCCAACGGAUUGCACAGGGCUUAUGCCCGUGUCCCUAAAGCUAUCUCCACUUCUUCCUCCUCCUCCUCCCCCUCCCGUCGUGGAGGACCAGCAUCCAGCGCUAACAAGGCACAGUCCUCGGUGCGUGGGAUGAGCCAGGAGGAUGAUAACCUGUCAGACUCGGGCCAUAACUCCAUGAGCAGCCUGCCACCAUACCGGCCUCCUUUCCGCCCACACCUGUCUCAAAUCAGUGCAUCUAUGGGCCACAUUAACACCAUUGGCUCACUGGACCGCACCUCUCUGAACCGGAAAGCAGUAGGUUCAGGGGGCGCGGCUAUAGGGGAGAUGGCGUGUCGGAGCACAGCAGCCCUGAGCCGUCUGGCUCCAUAUGGAGGGGAGGCUCCACCUCCCUAUGAAUGGACCCUCUCCCUGUCUGUAGAGGAUGUUGUGCGGGAUCUGGAGGAGCGCCUGGUGGAGAAAGAACAUGAGCUGAAACAGAUGAAAAGAAACCUGGAUGAGAGUGAAGGCGCCAUUGCUCAGGUGUUUGAAGGAAAACAGCGUUUGUGGGAGAAGGAGGUGGAGGAGCUGAAGCACCUAUAUGCCGCUAAGCUGCGUCAGGUUUCCCAACAUGCCCAGCGUUCCCAGCGCAGCCUGCAGUUGCAGCUGUUUGAGGCCCAGCAAGAGAAGAGCCGGCUGCAAGAAGAGCUCGACAGACUGAGAAGGGAAAGGAGCCAGGAAACUGGAGCAAUGAUAAAGCAAACCAGUCCAACACUGGAGGAGACGCAGUGGGAGGUUUGUCAGAAGUCAGGUGAGAUCUCCUUGCUAAAGCAGCAGCUGAGGGACUCCCAAGCGGAGGUGACUCAGAAGCUCAGUGAGAUCUUCCAGCUGAAGACGCAGCUCAGGGAGACCCGCACAGAGCUGCGCAACAGGGAGGGCCAGAUAGAUGCACUGAAACUCCUCCUGCAGGGGGCACAGCAUCACAGAUGUCCCUCUAACAAUGCACAUGAAGAUGGAAAAGGAGCUGAAGAGAGUACUUCAACUGGGGCGACAGGAGGGUGCGGGGGCCCUACAGAGGAGCGUCUGCGUGCAGAGCUCCUGCUGGAGCGCCGCCAGAGCGAGGCCCAGUCCCUGGCUUUUGAUGAAGAGAGGCACACAUGGCAGACAGAAAAGGACAAGGUCAUCCGCUACCAGAAGGAGCUGCAGGCCAGCUACUUAGAGAUGUACCACCACAGCGAAGCGCUGGAAAGGGAACUGCAGCAGCUGAGGGCAGGAAGAGAGCAAGGAGGAGGAGGAAGCAGAAAUGGGACAUUGGAAAGAGAAGUGCCACGGCUGACAAAUGAGCGAGUGGGUGAAAAACAAGACGACAGGCCCUGGAUAGAGAGGAUUGAAUCAUCUGAAAUUUUAAUGUGACAGACUUGUUUGCAAUGCAAACUGUUUUCUCCCUGAAGUAUGGCGUCUGUGGAAGGCCUGGUCUGCCAAAAGGGACAGGAAAUAGGCUCACAAAACACAUUUUCAGUUACAAAACAUGAAGUGAAAAGACUGAUUCAAAUAUCACUCAUGAGAUACCAAGUCAGAAUUAUGGGCAAUUAAGAUUAAUUUUCACUUUGUAAUUCACAAUAAUUAAUUUGUUUACUUAAGUAAAAUUACAACACAAUUUGUCAAAUUUUACAUGCUAAGACAAAAUUAUGAUCCUAAGAUUGUCCAAAAAAUGACAUAAUACAGUAAAUUAAAAUUAUGUGACAGUAGGUUUAAAAUGUGACUUUGGUAAAGUUGACGUGAUAAGUCUCAUAAUCUUGAGGAAGUUAAAAAUUUAUGUCAAAAGUCUGACUUUUUAUCUCAUAAUUUUGACCCAGUCUGUCAAAAUAUUAACUUUGAUGUAUAUUUUUAUUUUUAUUGUGCAUCAUUUUUCUUUUUUUUUCCUAUCAGAAAUGAGUUUCCAUCGGUUCCAGUCUGUUUGCCAUUCUCUCCCCAUACACCCUUGUUGACUGUUUAAUGCCCUUAUCCUGCAAAGACCCAUAACCUCCUACAGAACACACUUAAACUGAGAGUAGCUGUCUGUGCCUCAUCUAUCCUUGGCAGUAAAGGUGUGUCUGCUGUGUAUAAAAUACAGUCAAGAGCAUAGACUUCUGUCCGUUCAACAACCUGUAAAAGAACAAACUGAUACACUGAUUGUGACUCCUUAUGUUCACUUGGUACCUAUGUUUCGGUUUGGACUGCUGUAUAGUUGUGCCAGUAACCAAAGGAUUCAAAGGGAUUUAGUGUGGCCCAGUAACAUCUCUAUACCUGGUCAGUGUGUGCAGAUGGUUCUGUGCAUCAUCUGGGCUCUGGGAGGAAAGCUGCGUCUCUGGGUUAAGUAGAAGAUUAAAGCUUUCUGGUGCCAAGGUACUACAGCUGUUUCAUCAAGAAAACAGUUUGCCCUGCUGAAGGAACUGGAAAUGUUGGGCUUUUCUCAUUCAGUUUCAAGUUAAAGUCAGAAGAGAUCAAUAUAGUUUGUAUAUAAUUGUAAUUGUUACUUGAUUUGCCUUUUGUCACUGUAAUCUAAGAACACUGGUGUCUUAAAAUGUGCUACUUCCCUGUCUUCUGGUUGCAAAGAAAACAAUCAGUAGAUGCAGAUGAAGAAUGUGACUGGCCUGCUUUUUGGUGCAUACACAUGCCAAUCCAGUAACAUCAAAUGCAUGACACAGGUCAGGUUGCUCUUUUUAUCAUUAAAAUAGAAAUGUUCACAAGCCAGCUCUCAAUCGACCUUUAAACAUACUGUGACUAUUUACUGGAAAGAAAACUGUAUAUAUUGGCAUUUAUUAAAUGAUGU